AUGGAUUCCCCAGGACCAGGCGGAUUCUUACCAGCCCCUGGUGGCCUUCCAUCACCAGCACCUUCAGCAACCUCAUCUUACGCAAACAACAUCCAAGGCCUUCCUGCGCCAAGAAACAAGGCACUCAAGGCAAACUCCAGCAAGGAAUUUAUGGUUCGAAGAUAUGCCGAAGAGCAGCUGAUGUUGGCUACUCGACGCUACGUCAAGAAGUUUGGUAGCGCUGAACCAGACGAUUCAGUUGUAGGGUAUAAGAGGUUCGGUGAGGUUUGCAAAGACUUGGAUAGCGUCAUUAACGUUCUGUGGCGAUCAGGAACCCCCACACUACAAAUACCUUUCUUACUACGUCUCACGAGUGACUUUACUCGAUAUGUCCGGGGCUUCCCGCCUGCACCAAAAGCAUCAUUCGCCAUCCUACGCAAACUUGAUCACUGCUUCGCUAGUCUUCUUUCAGGUCAAGAUGUUGAAACUCACGAGACACUGCCGGGUUUCGAGAAUGGGUUGCGAGGCGGCAUGACAACUACAGAAAUGAUCAGAUGUCGAAGUUUGGUUGACCAAUGUCGCGUAUUAAUGGUCGAGGUCAUGAGAGACCCCGCAGAAGAAGACGAGGAAGACGAAGAUGAAGAGGGAGGAGACACAGAUACAGACACCGAUAUGGACAUGGACACAGACACGGAAACACCGGCAAUCAAGGGUUGGGGCAGUGUGGAAGACGACGACGAAAUGAUGCUGCAGCUCGAUGCGGCGCGUGUCUUUGAAAGGACAAUCGUACAGCUCAACGAAAGACUUGGCGAUCUAGAACCAAUCCAAAUGUCUGCCGACUGA